AUGCAUCUGCCUUUUCUCCACUUGGUCAUCAUCGUGCUCCUGAUUCCUUGGCCCUUCAGUUCAGUGCUUCUGUGCGCACCUGUCAGUGUGCUUGUCCCUGGCAUGAGACUCGCUCCUGGCAAAACUCUCACCUCGGACCAAGGUUCGUUCGCCUUAGACUUCUUUACCCCCUCAAAUUCAACUGAAAAUACAUAUGUUGGCAUAUGGUUCAACGAUAUCCCAUUGCGCACCAUCGUCUGGGUUGCCAACCGCGAUAAUCCGAUCACUGAUGCUUCAUCCGCGAUGCUUACUAUGACCGGCAACUCUAGCCUUAUGUUGUCUGAAAACAAUGGCCACCACAUACUUUGGAUGGCAAACACAAUCACUGGCAGCAACUCUUCGGCCAAACUUCUCAACAAUGGCAAUCUUGUAGUCCUAUCAUCAGACAGUGACAUGUUAUGGCAGAGUUUCGAGAAUCCAAGCGACACCAUCCUUGCUGGCAUGCCUAUGCAGGCGACCCACAAGACACACCCACCAUGGCGGAUCAUCUCUUGGAAGGGCCCUAAAGACCCGUCAAAAGGCAGGUUCUCUGUUGGGAAUGACCUUGACACUCCCCUACAGUCCUUCAUCUGGAAUGGGUCAGUGCCAUACUUCCGUGCUGCUGUGAGGAACGGCUAUGUAUCCUCCAACGUGGGCCUCCAGGCAGUUAGUCCACUCAUGUAUUUGACGAUUUACAUGGGCACCAAUGGCGAGACCUAUUCAACAUUUGGACUAUCAGAUGGCUCCUCCAGGAUAUUUUACAAGGUUGACUACUCUGGAAAGACCACGAUAUGGAGAUGGAAUACCAGCUUAACAGAUUGGACCCUCAUUACAUCGUGGCCAGCUUACCGGUGCAAUCUCUAUGGAUACUGUGGUGCAUAUGGCUACUACGACAACACACAGGGAAUUCCUACAUGCAAGUGCCUUGCUGGAUUUGACCCUAGUAACAAAACAGAGUGGGUUGGAGGCAUUUUUUCUCAUGGUUGCCGGCGAAAGGAGGAACUGCAGUGUGGUGGACAGGACAAUUUCCUGACCUUGCCAGCAAUGAAGGUGCCAGACAAGUUUGUACGCCCGUGGAACAAAAGCUAUGAUGACUGCAAAGUGGAGUGCAGCAGAAAUUGCUCAUCUGUAGCAUAUGCUUAUGCUAAUCUAAGCACCACCUACAUUGAUGGGGAUGCAACAAGGUGCCUGAUGUGGACCGGGGAGCUGAUUGACGUGGGGAAGGGUGCCAUUGGCAAUGAGAACCUAUAUCUCCGGCUUGCUGCCUUGUCAAGGAAAGGGCAAAAGAGCAUCGUAAUAAAAGUUAUACCAGGAAUUUCAGCAAGUGUGUUGCUGAUACUUCUAUUGGCAUGCCUUGUAUGGUCCUGCAAGUUUAAAGGAAAACAUGACAAGAAAGGAAGACCAAAGAGACUGAUAAUGGGGGAUUUGCGCAGUAGUGAUGGACUCGGAGAGGAAACUCAUGAACUUCCAUUUAUUAGCUUUGAGGAAAUAGUUGCUGCAACAAACAACUUCUCUAUGUCCAAUUUGCUAGGAGAAGGCGGCUUUGGUAAAGUUUACAAGGGGCUCUUCCAUGGCAACAAAGAAGUUGCUGUUAAAAGGCUCAGUAGAGGUUCUGGGCAGGGGGCAAUAGAGUUUAGGAAUGAAGUAGUCGUGAUUGCUAAACUGCAACACAAAAACCUUGUAAGGCUUGUCUGUUAUUGUGUGCAGGGCGAUGAAAAGCUACUUAUUUAUGAGUAUCUGCCAAACAGAAGCCUGGAUACCACUCUUCCUUUUCACGGUUAUAUGUCUCCGGAAUAUGCAAUGGAAGGCCUCUUUUCUGUUAAGUCUGAUGUUUAUAGCUUUGGAGUGUUGCUCUUGGAAACUGUAAGUGGUCUGCAUGGAGGGAAGGGCUAG